AUGUCUUACGAGAUCGCGUACUCGCUAGCGGACGACGGGCCGCAGCCCGUAUCGCGCACUUACCAAUACCGCAAAGUGAUGAAGCCGAUGCUGGAGCGCAAGAGGCGCGCCCGCAUCAACCGCUGCCUGGACGAGCUGAAGGAGCUGAUGGUCAGCGCUCUGCAGUCGGAGGGCGAGAACGUCGCCAAGCUGGAGAAGGCCGACAUCCUGGAGUUGACUGUGCGCCACCUGCAUAAGCUCCGUCGCCAGCGCCGCCUGUCGCUCAGUCCGACGGCAGACGCGGACCGCUUCCGCGCCGGGUUCACCCACGCCGCCAACGAAGUGUCCAGAUGCCUGGCCUCCAUCCCCGGCGUGGACGUGAGGCUCGGCACCCAGCUGAUGACGCACCUGGGCCACAGACUGAACGACAUGCAACGCGCCGCCGCCGGUGCGGACACCCCGCCUGCCAGCCCCCCGAGCCCAGCGCUCUCGACUGUGUCCUCUUCGUCUGGCUACGUGACCCCAUCGCCGCCAGCAUCCCCGGUGCCCGUACACACCGCCGUACCAUUGGACUGCACAACCAACUCCAGCAUGAAGUCGCCGGCGGUGUGGCGGCCCUGG